AUGCGAAAGACAUAUGAAUCGGCGAGUAGGCUGAAUAAGAAGAUGAAAUCAUACAAAAAAAGGGUUUUGGAUCCAGGAACAAAGUUGGAUGUGAUGAAGGACGACGAUAAUCUCGAGAACAUCGAUGAUUACUGGAAGACUGCAGAAUCAGUACUUAAGGAUGAUACUACAAUAGAGAUAGAAGAGAGCUCAAUAUAUAAAAGUGAUACCAUAGAAGAGAGAAAUGAAAACGAUGAUCCAAAUACUCAGAGCGAUACUUUGUUUGACAUAAAAGCUAUUAGGGAAAGCUUAUCGGCGAGGCCUAAAGAUGGUUCCAUUCCUUCUUGCAGAGAGUCAUUAGAAACAAACAGUAUUCUUGAGAACGAAGAACCUCCAAACUCAUUCGGAAAGGUGGAGGUAUGGAAUGAAGAUCAUGAUGAGAUUGGAGAGGAAGAGAAUGACUUUUGCCACAGGCCUGACACCGCUGGGUUCGAAAUGGAAGAAAAGGACAGUAUGGGUACCAACGAUAGCAAUGAUUCAUCGGAAGACGUAUCGAAGAACAAAGGAAUAAGCCCUGCAAAGGAAAUGAGGGAUAGAUACAGGAAAAGGCUACAAAGCCUUGGAAAAGAGCCUGAAAGAUCUGUAGUAAGAAAAAGCAUGAUCCAGUCUAGAGAAAUAUACGAAUAUAAAGGAGAAACAAUUUACAAUUCGGACGGAAAAGAAGUUGCAGUGACAAACAUAUCUGGAUUAUACAGAGGACGAAGUGCUUUUGAACCUCUCGUAACAUCAAGCAUGCUUGAAACAGCGGUCCUGUUUCUGAACAACCUAGCAUUCAUAAAACCUGAACAGGCAGUCUGUAAUUUUUCAAUUUUCAUGAUCAAAGGAACAGCAUGCAUAGAAAUGGGGCAAGACAAAAUAAUUCUGAAGAGAGGAAGCAUCUGUGUAAUUGAGAAAGGUGCUACAUAUUCUAUCAGCAAUUCUUUUGGCACAAGAUGUACUAUACUUCUAACUUAUUCCAUCAUUUAG